AUGAAGAUCAUUCUCAUUCUUCUCGCUAUGACUGCAGCCCAAGCAGCCCCACUGACCGACUUUUCUGUAUAUAUCAAGGGAACACUUCUGUGUCAUGAAGAACCUUACAAGAAUCGUAAUCUGGAAAUUUUUUCGGAAGGGGAGCGUCUCAGAUAUGAGGAUGAUAUGGACCGUUUCACCAAGGACAAUGGCGAGUUCAGUAUCAAAGCAUGGAUAACAACAGACGCUUACAUGAUAACCCCAUAUGUCAUGAUCUAUCAUAACUGCUGGGAGAUGAAAGAAGUUCCUCAUCGAUGCCAAAGAAAAAUUCUUCAGCCUCUGAUGCCACCUAAUGUAACAGUCGAUUCAAAAACUCCAAAUGAAAAUAAGCUUUACAACUUUGGAGUCAUUGAUCUUCAAUUCAAACAUCCUGCUGAAGUCGAAGUUCAUUGUGGAUAG